UAUCCGGGGCGGAGUCAGGGGCGGGACAAAAGCGUAGCCCUGCGAUCCGAACCCCUGGAGGUGGUGCAGCCCUCCAGGACUGGAGCGGGAUUAUGGGCGGGGCAUAGGCUGGCUGAAGAGGCUGAGCAGGACCGGGUGAGCCUCCCCGGUCCCGGGAGUAGGGAUCACGGAGCAGAAAGGGACGGAGGAGGCCAUGAAUGCGGUGGACCUUGGUCGCGUAGGAGCGUGUGUCUUGAAGCAUGCAGUGACUGGGGAGGCCGUGGAGCUGCGGAGCCUAUGGCAGGAGAAGGCUUGUGUGGUGGCCGGCCUGCGACGCUUCGGCUGCAUGGUGUGCCGCUGGAUCGCCCAGGACCUCAGCAACCUCCGGAGCAUCCUGGACCAACACGAUGUGCGCCUAGUGGGCGUGGGGCCUGAGGCUCUGGGCUUGCAGGAGUUUCUGGAUGGUGGUUACUUCUCAGGAGAACUCUACCUUGACGAGAGCAAGCAAAUCUAUAAGGAGCUGGGCUUCAAGAGGUACAACAGCUUAAGUAUCCUGCCAGCCGCCCUGGGAAAACCUGUUCGUGAUGUAGCCUCCAAGGCUAAGGCUGCUGGGAUCCAGGGGAACCUGUCGGGCGACCUGUUGCAAAGUGGAGGCCUGCUUGUAGUCAGCAAGGGUGGUGACAAGGUACUGCUGCACUUCAUCCAGAAGUCCCCAGGUGACUAUGUUCCCCAGGAGAACAUCCUGCAGGCCUUGGGUAUCUCUGCAGAGGUUUGUUCCAGCAAGCCACCCCAGUGUGAUGAAGAGGUGUGUGGGAGGUGACACGUGCCCUCUGAGGACCUGGAGGCACCAGCAACCUCGGAUGUGUUUGGACUACAAAGAAUCCUUGUGGAGCCCUUGGGCCAGGAUGUUGGACCUUGUUCAUCUUUGAACAGCAACAAGCCAUUAAAGUGCAAGCCCUGGGCAGUGAGCAUCUCCGUGCUUCCACAGUGCGUCCCUGUCAUUUGACAGCACCGUUGCUCCCUGUAGGCAGGAGGGGUGUCAAAGUGUAAUCUUCCUAGAGGACAGACUUCAGGCCUUGGUUAUGGGACCCUGGGGACAACCAUGUCAUUUCUUUCCAAGGUGACCUAAUGCUGUAGCUCACUUCUUUUGAAGACAUAGAGUCAGGCUGAGGAUAUGGAGGUAAGAGUUUGGUAGGACUCUGGUCCCAGCCCCUAAUGGAGCCCAGUUGUGGGGACCAGGGAGGCAGGUGUCUGCCCGAGUCUAUGGUGGAAGGCAGGAGGGUAAUUGGGUUCAGAGAUGCCAGAUGAAGGCUGAGGAACCCUUCCCUGAUCUGAAUGGCUGGUGUGUCCUGGGAGAAGCCUGGGUCAGGCUGAGUGUGUCUGUGUCCCCAGGGUCCUAAGGUCCAAGCAGAGCGCCAACACCCUACCAUUUCAGACCUCCCCUUGUCAAGGGAUCUUCCCUCGAGGUGGGCCCUGAUGAUCAGAUUAGCACUUUCUAAAUCCAAGCCAGGGUGACUACAGGGUCUACCUUGAUGUGCUCCCACUAUCCAGAGACCAUCUGUAAACAGCCGGUGGUGUCCCCUUUACAAUCUAGACCAUCUCUGGCUUUGAGAUUCCAUCCCCAGGUCUCCAGGUGCCCUGCCAGGUACUGAUGUGAGUCACCAGGAUGUAGAUCCAGCCCAGCCCUGGAAGCCCAACGCACUGAAGUGUGGUCCUGGAGGGUGUCCUCUAGGGACAUCCUGGUCUCUUCAGGGUUUCCAGCACCAGGAUUCUCAGCGGCUGGUCUUGAACCCUUUCCCCCAGCAACUGUAAUUCUCCCUCUGGCCACAGCUUACCCAGGCCUUCCACCUCCCCACCCACCUGACUCCAACAUGUACAAAGCAAAGUC